ACACCAGUCGUCGGUUGUGUGUGUGUGUAGCAGUUGCCAUGCGGUGCUUCAUACUACACACUUCACUCCUCAUGCACGGUUCAUGGCACUGCGGAGUACAAUGUUGUUUGUGUGUGUUCGAGGAAAGAUUGAGAACUAAGGAAAGACAAGACGGAUAGACAGAUACAGCAGAGGAAUAGAGAAGACGUAGGACUUUCCAGUGACAUCCCCCGACCGCCGGCCCGUUAUGUAAUUGUUUCAGUUUGAGAAAAGAGGAGGACCUCACUUCAACUCUAAAACUAAAACGAUUAUUGGAGGAAGGGGAAAAGACAGAACAGACGUACAUAAUACUAUAAUAAUUUUAUGGUUAUUAAAAGAUGUAGGACCUGCCAGUGGCACCCUCCAGCCGCCCGCCUGCUAUAAUGUCGUUGUUUUGAGUCUGGGUGAGGAAAGAUCCAAGCAACUCAUCUCGACACACAAUAACGGUUUUUGAAGUCGGGAGAAAAAAAGGCAAGACGUACACACAGAUACACAACAGAGAAGUAGAUCGAGUAAGAAAGUAGAGCCUAUAAGUUAUAAGCGCCUCCCUCCAACCGCCCGCGGAGUUGUAGCAUUAUAUCUUUGGUUGUAGUUUGCCUGUGACCAGACAUGGCAGAGAGUGGACACAGUGGACACAGUGGACAGGAGAGUGGACCGGUCAGUGCAACCUCGUGGACCGGUCACUGGGACUCGCCGUUCGUUGAGGAUGAUGACGGUGAUGAUGAAAGCGACAACGGUGAUGACAAAGGAAAGGAGGAGCUGGAAGAAAGGGAAUUGUAGGGGUUUGAGAAGGAAGAGGAGAAAAAGGAAUGAACAGUGAGUCUUGAUCUGUUCUCCAUGGUUCAUGUACGAAAAAGUACAUUUUUAUAAUAUUUUUGUGUAAAUCACAGCAUGGUCUUGUCUAUCGUGAACUGUUAAAAAACGGGUUAGUUUCUCAGGUUCUAA